UAACCGCGAAGGCUAAAUUGUCAAAAUCACGAGUUUCACCUUGAUUAUAUAUUAAAUUAAUGUUACUUAUUUUUUAAAAUGUUUAUUAUUUAUAAUCAACUAGUUCAUACAGUCUUUAAUAUAAUGUUAAUAUAAGUAAAUAACAGCAUAAAUUUGAAGCUUAAUAAAAAUGGAAGAAGUAAAAAUGGUUAACGAAGUUUUACAUAUAAAUGAUUUGCCCCUAGAAACAAUAUUGGAAAUACUUUUAAAAAUUGAUGGAAAAACAUUAGGUGGAUGUAGACGAGUCUGUAAAAGAUGGAGAGAAUUUAUUGACGAAAUUGAUUAUUUAUGGCAGGAGAUGUGCCGUAAGGAGUUUAAAUAUUCAUCUAAAAUUGCCAAAAGGAAAUCUGGAACUGAUUGCAGCUGGUAUCACGUAUAUAGAAAUCUUAACCAAUGGUCGGACUUGGCAAAGUUCGAAAAAAAUGUUAAAGAAUUUUACAAAUUCAAUAUACACGACAAAUCUCAUGUAUUAGAUAUUGACUAUGGGAUAUUGCCGCUUAAAGAUUCUAAAGGCAUAGUAUUGUACGAUGUUAGCACAUUUAAAUAUAUACCAGCUGCAUUACCGGAAAUAAAUUGUUUAAAAAUAGUUAACAACGAUAAUGUGACUGUAGUACAAAUUAAAUCAGGUCUUCUCAUUCAAAGAUCGGUUGACACACAACCACCAAAUUAUGUUAUGGAGGAAUUCUUUAAAGCUGAUGAUUUCAUUGUAUCAAAUGAUAUAUUAUACUUUUAUAACAACAGAGAUAUUUAUAAAUGUGACCUGUCGAGUCAAAAUUUAACUCCAAUUUUCAUCUUACACUGCGAUUAUGAUAUCAAAGAUAUACAACAUAGCAAUAAUAAAAUACAUGUUUUUACCGAUAGCGGUCAAAUUGUAAGCAUAACAAAUAGUAAGGAAGUGACCGUUAAACCAAUAAAGUGUCCAAUAGAAUGGAUAAAACAAUUGAAAUACAUUCGUGCAGUAAAUGAUAAAAAUUUCGUAUGUUACUCGAGAAAUAUAUUUAAAAUUGAAACUGAUAAAUAUCAGCAUUUGUAUUUGGAGUUUCCACUGGUCACAGCUUUAUUUUUUUAUGUUGACAUUGUCUUAAUUGGAACAAAGGCUGGUGAAAUCUUGCUAUACAGGUUAGCAAGUCAGAAGAAAGCAACUCUGCCUAUAUUUGAAACGCUGGCAACAUUACCUGAAGGCAAAUAUGCAGUACAAUUAGAUGUGUGUGAGAGGAAAACCGGACCGACAAUAAUUGUUUCAACAUUUUUUGAAUUAUAUCUUCUAGAAAUAAACUUUUUUCCCAAUGAACCAUCAAAGAAGCAAUCAUUUUCGACAAAUAAAAUGCAUAUGUAUAAAAGAUUGUUGAAACUUAAAGACAGGCUCCAAGGAUCUCAAGUUUGAAAAUCUUAAUUUAUUGGAAGAGAAUAAUAUAAUUAAACCAAAAA